AGCUUACAUGUUGUUUAAUGAACACAAAAACAAAUUGUUCCAGUUGGAUACGUCAAUAGAUUUUUCCAGACUGCCAAGAAAUUCGGUUUUCUUCCGACAUCUCUAUCUUCAAACAGCAAUCAAUUUUGCAAUUCUAGAUAAUUAGCUAAUUAUUUAUUAAUAAUAUAAUAUUAUUCAAUAAAUUGUUCCACAGCUUGGUUGACAUUGUUUAAUGACAAUAUUUUGCAAAGCACAUGUUUUAUUUUAUUGUUUUAUUUAAUAAUAUUUUUGUUACCAACUACAGCUGGCCAAUCAUUGGAAACCUGGAGACAUCAACUCUUGCCCUGGAUAGAGCUCGAGGGGCCGGUUGUCUCGAGCGUUCCCUAUCAACCGUUAUCAAACAUUUUACCGACUAAACAGCCGUUAAUGGCAGAAAAUGGGUUAUUACGUUUCGACACCGUUUUUUAAGUAAGUAACGCCUGCUAGUUAACAGCAAAGUUACUAGCUAGUUAACAGACUUUCGGCAGAAGAUGAGUUACUCCUGCAAACCUCGCAGAUCUUGCGUGAGGGAGCGUUCUGCUAGUUUGAGAUCUGAUGGUUUGGAGGGGAGCAACUCCAGCAAGAUUUUACCAAGGACCAAAUGGUCUAAAGACGAGGAUGAAAAGCUGCAGAUGCUGGUGGAGGAGCAUGGCUCCAACAACUGGUCUUUGAUAUCUUAUCAUUUCAAGUGUCAAAGGUCAGACCUUCAGUGUCAGCGGCGGUGGCAGAAUGUCCUCAGUCCAGAGCUGGUGAAAGGCCCCUGGACUAAGGAAGAAGACGAGAGGGUUAUCCAGCUGGUGCACAAGUAUGGUCCUAAACGCUGGUCAGUCAUCGCCAAGCACCUUCACAGCCGCAUUGGGAAGCAGUGCAGAGAGCGCUGGCAUAACCACCUCAACCCGGCCGUCAAGAAGAGCUUGUGGACCCUGGAAGAGGAUCGCAUGAUUUUCCAGGCCCACAAAAUCAUGGGGAACCGCUGGGCACAUAUCUCCAAACUACUGCCUGGCAGGACAGACAAUUCUAUUAAGAACCACUGGAACUCCACCCUGAAGAGGAAAGUGGAGAAUGAGGGCUACCUCCUGCCCUUCAACCGCUCCUUCUCCCUCACCUUCACAGAAAACUCUUCCGACACCUCCUCCGUUGCUUCCUCUGACACCUCCUACUCCAUCAUCUCCACCCACAGCUCCUUGAAGUCCAAUAGUGGACUCGGGGACAGACAAUGUCACUGCUACAGCACUUCCACUAAGCAGGGGGAGGUGUUGUGCAACCAUAGCAUCAGUGUGGUCAAGGAUCAGCCCAUGACCAGCUUUAAUCUGAGCACCCUGGAGGAACCAGUCAUUGACAGUGAGCAACCCCCUCCUCCACAAUGUAUGCUUCUCAUUACCCAACAACCUCCGGGCAGCUCUACACCCCUGCACCCUCGCCCAGGCCUGUUGGAGUCCAUGCAGAUCAUUCAGGACCCAAUGGCCUGGGGGGACUGGGCCAGCUAUAGCCUACAGCUAAUGAUCCCAUCACCCCUGACACUUGAACAGCAGUCAUCUCCACCCUCCAGUUCCUUCACAGAGCUCAGCAGGGGCACUGUGGACCUGAUCUCUCUGGACCUUGACAACACCGAAAUGUUCACGGAUGGAGAAACGUGUCUCAAAGCAGAGCAGGAGCCUAACGACUCCUGCUCCAAUGGCAGCACCCCUGUCAGGACCCUGGGAUUCUCUCCUUCAGAGUUCCUAAACAAGGGCCCAGGUGAGGAUUCAACACUGACCUCCACGCCAGUUAGUGCUAAGAAGCAUCCCAGUGUUACCAGCAGCCCUCAGCCCAACGGAGAACUAGCCAUCCACUGCAGCACCAAACACAACCCCAAGUGCUAUUUCACUACUUGUUCCCUGGAGCCCAGGACUCCUAAGGACAUCAAGGACCUUCUGCUGCCUACUCCUCAAACACCAACGCCCUUCAAGUCCAUCCACAGCAGCCAGGAGGGCCAACUGGCGCUUGAGUGCCCUCAGUGUGUGGAGGACAUCAACAUACCGUUGCUAGUUGAGACUGGUGUCUUCAUGCACAACGGAGGCUCCCUGUCUCAUCUUUACUCUGAGAUCCCUGCUUGCUGGAGGUCCGAAAGGAAGAGUUUGGUUCUGGAGGCCUGGAGUGAAGACAGCCCAACUGGUCUAUUCCGCGCCCAAGAACAUUUCCAAAGCACUCAGAUCCAGGGAGAAAGCCUGCUCAGUCGUUCCCACCUGAACAGCUCUCUGCUGGGAUGUCAGGAGCUAGGCUGCUCCCCAGAAGAUGAAAGCCCUGGAGAUCACCUACCUAUCCAAUCAAGAUCAGCACAAUCAUAGCAGGUUGGAACUGCCCAAUUUCCCCAGCCCCUACAUUCCCCAGAGGCACCUCAACUCAGCUUGUUGGAGGUAGGAAUAUAUGAAGGGCUUCAGUGUUCUGGGAGCUGGCCAUCCUUACACAAGGUUCCUAGUUUUUCAAAUAUACGAUAACCAGGGCAUGAAGCUAAGGUAGUGCCAUCGUGGUGCCUGAAGUUUAGAGAAUGACCCAUUUGUAGGCCGACUGGUGAAGAAGAGAUGGUGGUGUUGAGCUUGACUGAGCAUAACACACACGAAGUCUGACCCCAUAAUACUGCUUCACCAUAGACCAACAGUGACUCCAGCUUACAUACGGCCACCAUAAAUCGACAGCAGUGACUCUAGACCAUUGUAUUUCUUCUGUGUUGCAUCCAGCUCUACCUCCUGAACAGUAUUGAUUAAAGUCAGCAGUCCUCACAUCGUGCCACAUUACGCAAUCCAUAAUCCACUAUGAUAAUCCACUAUAUGUUUGGUUUGAACCAAGAUGCUGGCAAGGUUUCUUUCAGAGGGCACAGACACAGGAAAUAUGCUCUGUAGAGCAGAAAGAGUAUAUUUGAACCUAGAGGUCACACUUUUUGUAUUUCCGUUUUGUUGGAGGUAUAGUCAGCAUUUGGCUAACUAAGCGAGCGAUUAGAGUGACAAUAGGCUUCAGUGGCAGGUGAGGAGUAGCUCCUAAUACACACUGUGGGGCUGGGACAGAACUGUCCCACAAGCUCAGAUUGCAAGGACAUUUUGAAGCACAUUUUAACUGUUAAUAACUGAAACAUUUAUUGGAUUCUGGACAAUAUGAUGCAGGUAUAGUUAUUCAUUCAUCUUCGGUAAUGUAGAUUGAGUGGGGUUAGCAACAUGGCCACAAUGUCAGUCUCCGACUGGAGACAUGUUUAGUUCUGUCUCCAGUCGGUUUUAGACAAAUGUUUUUUAAAAUCGUUUCUACUUUGAGUCUGAAUUCAAUGUUAGAUUAGGUCCUGGACACUUCUUAGUGUUUUUACGUCUAUACAGAAUUUUUAACUUCCAAUUUCCUCAUCUCCAGUGUUUUUAUGGAAUGUCAGGUGUGCAAAAGUAAUUUGUAGCACAGUUUGACCUAAAGGGAGAAGACGAUGCCUUGGUCUGUCUGUCUUGGUUUCUGGACAUAUGAAUAGAUGGAGAAUAAAACCCUUAUCAAAAGGGAGACCUUUAAGUCAGUAAAACAUCUAAAGGGCUUUGAUCCCAGUAUGUAUGUGACAGUAUUUUAUGUAUAUAUAUA